UUAAACCAAAGUAUUGUCAAUUACUACACUAAUUCCGGUCCCCCGAAAAUCUCAACAGCCCCCAAUUCUUCUACUUCCUCCUCCUUCAAUGGCGUCCCCGAAUUGGGGGUUGUUCUUUUUCCUUCUUUUUUUUCUUUAUUUUUCUCCGGCAAAUUCUCAGACCUGUUCUUCCAGAAAAUUCUCCAACAACAAUCUCUAUUCUCACUGCUCCGAUCUCCCUUCCCUUUCCGCUUUCAUCCAUUGGACUUACGAUCCCUCUAAUUCUUCUCUCUCUGUUGCUUUCAUUGCGAAGCCACCCAAAUCCACUGGAUGGAUCGCUUGGGCUGUAAAUCCCACCUCCACCGGCAUGGUUGGCUCUCAAGCUCUCGUCGCCUAUCUCGACGCUGGUGUUCCGGUUGUCAAGACCUAUGAUGUUGCCUCAUACAGCUCUAUCAAGCCUUCCAAGCUUUCCUUUGAGAUUUGGGAUACAGCGGCGGAGUCUUCUGGUGGAGAGAUGAUGAUUUUCGCGAAAUUGAAGCUGCCGAUGGCUGCUACGACGGUGAAUCAGGUUUGGCAAGUUGGACCGUCUGUCGAUGGAACUAAUUUGGCUGUUCAUGAAUUUCAACCGGCGAAUCUCAACGCUAAAGGAACCUUAGGUUUGUCUGGUGGUGAAGUGAUGAACAACGACGGUGGUGAAAUUGAUUCGCGAACAAUGAAGAAAAAUAUUCAUGGAGUUUUGAACGCGGUGAGUUGGGGGCUUCUGUUCCCGAUUGGAAUCGUGAUGGCGAGAUACCUUAGGGUUUUCCCGUCCGCAGAUCCGGCGUGGUUUUAUCUUCAUAUUUCUUGCCAGAUUUCUGCAUACGCCAUUGGAGUAGCUGGUUGGGGGACUGGAAUGAAGCUUGGGAGUGAAUCGGAAGGGUUUGUGGCUUACGAUCACCGGAAUAUCGGAAUUGCUCUCUUCGCCAUGGCCACUUUGCAGAUGUUCGCAUUGUUCUUAAGACCAAAGAAGGAUCACAAAUACAGAAUGUAUUGGAACGUAUAUCACCACAGCUUGGGCUACUCAAUCCUCAUCCUUGGCAUCAUCAACGUCUUCAAAGGCUUCAACAUGCUCAACCCCGAUCGUAAAUGGAAGUCUGCGUACAUCGUUGUUAUCGCUGUCGUUGGUGUCAUCGCUGUCAUCUUAGAAGCCUUCACUUGGGUUGUCGUCUUGAAGAGAAAAUCUUCCAACAAAUCCACCAAGCCCUUCGAUUCCGAAUCCCACCAAUAGUUGCUGCCAUCACCGUCGUGGCUGCUAAUCCACCUAUAUCUUUCCUCUUUCUUUUAUCAUAUGUUUUAAUUAGUCCUUGAGACACAGAGAGAGAGAGUUGUUUGUAUAAUUUAUUCUUUUUCUUUUUUUUUUUUGUUAUUUCUUUCCCAUAAUACUCACUCACCUUUAGUCGGUCUCAAAUUUGUUUAUUUUUCUCAAUUUUUGAGAUAAUUAUUGUAAACUUUCUUUGUGAGGUGUGAACACAAUGUAAAUGUUUAUGAAUUCAAAGUCUAGUUGUGAUUUUGUCUCA